GUAACUUGUGAUGUUUUGCUUUACUGAACGAAUGACUACUAACCUAAAUGGUGUGAAUUUUCAUAGCCGUUCAAUUUUAUAUGGAAGUAUUAUCUCACGCGGGUAGAUGUUUUACGAUGAAUUAGAUUUGCAAUCAGUUAUUCAUGCUGUAGUGUAAUUGAUUAUUUAGAAUCGCUUGAAAUACGUCGCUAGAACUUUGAUCAUGGGUUCAACACUGUCGGAGCCAGUAACAACCAAGGAUACGGCAUGUGUGAGAAACUCAAGUUUCAGGGUUGGCUCCAGCUGUAUGCAGGGAUGGAGGAUAAAUAUGGAAGAUUCUCACACUCACAUCUUAUCGUUGCCAGAUGACCCAGGCACUGCGUUUUUUGGUGUAUAUGAUGGUCAUGGUGGAGCAAAAAUUGCUGAAUAUGCUGGCAAGCAUCUGCACAAAUAUAUUAUAAAUAGAGAAGAGUAUCGAGGGAACAAUGUAUCCGCUGCAAUGAGAGAGGCUUUUUUGGAACUAGACCAGGCUAUGAUAGAUGAAGACUCACUUAAAAGUGAAGAGUCGGGAUCCACUGCCGUUACAAUUAUUAUCAAAGGAGAUCAACUAUACUGUGCCAAUUUGGGUGACUCAAGGGCAAUUGCCAGUGUCAAUGGCAAGUUAGAAAUUUUAUCAAAGGACCAUAAGCCUAAUAACAUGGAGGAGUACAACCGGAUUGUUGCUGCAGGUGGAUGGGUAGACUGCAAUAGAGUUAAUGGAAAUUUAGCUCUAUCUCGGGCACUUGGAGAUUAUAUAUUCAAGCAAAAUUCUAGUAAAGGACCAGAGGAACAGAUUGUUACAGCAUUACCAGAAGUAAUAGAAAAAACAAUCACUGCCGAUUGGGAUUUUCUGGUACUGGCUUGCGAUGGCAUAUGGGAUGUAAUGAGCAGUUGGGAAGUCAUUAAAUUUGUUAUUGAAAAUAUAGCAAAUGGAUCAGAGCCUGAAGAGAUUUGCGAAAAUAUUAUGAUGAGAUGUCUUGCACCUGAUUCUCAGAUGGCUGGACUUGGCUGCGACAAUAUGACAGUGGUUAUUGUUGCUCUAUUGCAUGGAGGUACCUAUGAACAGCUCCAGGAAAGGUGCAAAGGUUAUCUUGAAGAGCUAUAAGGCUGCAAAAGCUUGAGGAGGAGCAGCACCAGUUGGAAUGCUAAGCGACCUCUGUAAAUAAAUUGUACAUUGUUUUUUUUUUGUUGAUACCUAUAUAUAUAUAUAUUUGCGUUAGAAGAGUGGUUUACCGAGUUUUUACAAAUGUAGUAUUAAAUUUUGUGAUGUCAAUUGUCAUAAUAUCAGUUUUAGAUUGAUGAUUCGGUUCUUUAAUAUUUUGGAUUUUGACAAA